AUGACGAAUGACACUUUAAUACAAUGUUUGUUCCUGACAUACCACAAGAUUGAAAAAACAAAGUCUUUGAUAACUCUAUCAGUCAUAGUGUCUGUUUGGAAUGGAAUUCUAUUCGGAGUUGCAUUGGUUGCCAACGGUCUCGUCUGCACAGCGAUACUGAAACAUCGCGAAUUGCGCGUUAGAGCUUCCAACACCCUCCUCUUACUCCUAUCCAUGAGCGAUUUUUGUGUAGCCUUCGCCGUUCAACCGCUGUAUACCCUCCGACGAUAUUUGGAGCUGCAAGAACGCUACCACUGCUGGGUAAUGCUUUGUUACAGGGUAUUAUGGCAUCUUUCGAUAGGGACAUCUUUUCUUAUUCUCUUUUUCAUCGCGUGCGAAAGAUAUAUCGCGCUGUUCUACACGUUCAAGUACAAAGAAAUUAUCACAGUUCCAAGACUUGUGAUCUUCACUGGGGUCUUCGUUGCAUCAUGGGCAAUAUUUGUGAUCUCUCGCUUUUUCGGUCUCAGCACAGCGCAAUACUACACAGCAGCGAUUUCGUUUAUCAUCACGUUCGUCACCUUUAUUAUUUUUGUGUACAUUCGCAUCUUUAGAUUAGCUCGUCGUCACCAUUUCCAAAUAAGCCGUAUGUUGAUGGCACAAUCUUCAAUGAUUGCAAGAGAAAGCAAAAUAACAAAAACAACUGCGUACAUCGUGGGAGCCGUAUUAACCUGUUACUCUCCGCUACUGAUAUCUUUGGUAGCUGUCAAGUUCUUCGACGACAAAAUAUUUCAUUACUACGUUUUUCCAGUCACUGAUUGCUUCGUAUUCAGCAACUCCGCGCUUAAUCCGCUGAUUUAUUGCUGGCGAAAUAGCGACUUAAGGCGAUGUAUUCGAAUGAUGCUGCAAUUUUGUUCUUUAAGA